AAAAGCGUUGUCAAACCCUGAAUACCUGUGCCAUCUUCAGCUUCUUCCAUUCCGUUCACAACCAUUUGAACCAUUUGAGCAAUGCUCACUCUCUUUACGAACUUUAGCGCUACCGUCGUGAAUAGUUUACUAGAUAUGAGCUCCUAGCUCCUUAAUUAAUCUAAAAAUACUAAUCAGUUCUCAAACACUCCCUCAAGAUUUCAUCAUUCUUUUCUGAGGAUAUCAAUAAACUAACUAACAUAUGACCAAUUUUUUGGACAAAACUCAGUGGCAGCACUUGGUAGCUGGUGUUACUGGGGGAGUUGUAUCCGUUUUGGUUUUGCAUCCAUUGGAUUUGGCCAAAAUCAGAUUGCAGGUGAAUGAAGGUACAGGCGUUAUCGCAUGCAGACCCAAAACAACGGGAACUAUUCAAACAUUGUAUGAGAUAGUUCAGUGUAGAGGUCUUCGUGGUCUUUACCUUGGUUUCACCCCGAAUGCUAUUGGAGCGGGUAGUUCAUGGGGUUUGUAUUUUUUCUUCUAUGAAAGCUUGAAAAGAUUUGCUCAGCGCGGCGAUAAAACCAAAUCUCUCACUACCAAUCAAUAUCUCACAUUUGCUGCUUUUUCAGGUGUGAUUACACUUUCAAUUGUAAAUCCAAUUUGGGUGAUUAAAACUAGAUUAUGUUUACAAUAUGAAAAGGUAACGAAAUCUUUUCCGAAAUCUCAAAUUACAAAUCCAUCAUUAGUAAUACAUUCUCAAUCUACACGGCAUGCCUUGCAUAAUCUAUGGAUUCAUGAAGGUUUUGCUGGGUUGUAUCGUGGUUAUGUACCCGGUUUAUUCGGCGUUAGUCAUGGUGCUAUCCAGUUUAUGUUUUAUGAACAUUUUAAAAAUUCUUAUAAUACACGGUAUCGAGGAAAGUCAGUUAGUGAGAAACUGUCCGCUGUCGAGUACCUAACAUUUUCAUCUGCUUCUAAACUGAUCGCAGCUGUAAUAACUUAUCCGUAUCAAGUUAUUCGUUCAAGAAUGCAAGACCAGCAUAGGAAAUACGAUGGUGUAACUGAUGUUAUUCGACAAUUGUGGAAAGGUGAAGGUGUUCAUGGAUUUUAUAAAGGACUUGUUCCAUAUAUACUCCGAUGUACUCCUGCUUGUGGAAUUACAUUUCUUGUAUAUGAAUAUAGUUUAAUCUUAUUUGAUUGGAUCAAAUGACAAUAAUUAGCUUUCAAUUAUAUAUAGUUAAUUACAUUUAAUUUGUUUUACACGUAGAUGUCUUUGACUUAUAUUUCGUAGAAUUUAUAUGUAUAUACCAGUGAUCACAAUUUUUCUCAUUUGUAGAUUGUUCUCAAUUCAAUUCUAUCCCAUUUCUACAUUCUCUGUAUUCUUAUAAUAAAUUACUUAUUAGAGUU